CACAUCCCUCGUCGUCCUCGACGGAGAGAGAACCCCUUCUCCGUGGGGAGUGAGAGCUCCGGAGGAGGCGCCCCUCCGCCGCCGCCGUUGAGCGCCCGCCCCUGCGGAAAUCUGCGCUGCGGCGUGAGGGAAACGCUAUCUACGGCGGAGGAGGCCAUGGAUUCGGUGGGCUCUACGAAGCCCGACGAGGUCGCCGCGUACCAGAGCAGCGAGGCCAAGCAGGCGAAGCUGCAGUCCAUGCUCGCCGCGCUCCUCGACGACCCCAUACUCGCGGACGUCCCGAGGAAGCCCUCUCUAGGGGAUGUGGACACGCUGAUAAAUCUCGAGCUCGGCAGCGCCAUGAGAGUGAUCGUCGUCAAGCUGGACGACACCUCGUUCGAUGUUCCGGUACUGAACACUGCUACGGUCAAGGAUUUGAAGUUGGCUAUCAAGAAGAAGAUAAGUGAGAUUGAGCAGGGACAGAUGGGGUAUCGCCAUAUCUCAUGGAAGUAUAUUUGGGAGAACUACUGCCUGACAUAUCAGAAUGAGAAGCUAACAGAUGACAAUUCUGCACUUUCUUCUCAUGGCGUUCGUAAUAACUCCAAGGUUUGUUUCUCACCACAUGUCAUGUCCAGAGUACAUCAGAAGCAUUCUAGGAGAAGAAAACACCGUUUCUUCCAUGGUCUUAGCAGGAAGUUGUGAUCCCGCCUAAUGAUUUUUGAGGUCUUGAACCCACUGAGAAGGCAUAAUUAUCAGCAAUUUCUCAGAUGAAAUAAUGUGGUCACUGGAGGGAUGAAGAAUGCUUUACAAGUUUUAGCUAUGGCAACGAAAUGGGACCGUAUUUCAUCACUCCGCUAAUUGGUCAAUGAAAGGCAGAAGUUGCAGAGGUUGUGCUUGCUUUGAGAGAGCAGUCCAUAAUGUUCCAAACACAUGAUUUGUGUUCCUAUUUCGGAGUUAGUUGAGUUAUGUAAUUGGUAGUGGGGGUGCUACACUAAUCCACUUAUCUGCUUUCGCAAAUUAGCUAGCUUUGUUACUUCAGCUUCAUUGUGGGGUCAGAGAAGUCUGACUAGCUACAACUCAAGUGAUGCGCAUGUUGCAAAGUAAAACUACUCCCUCCGUUCCAUAAUUUUUGUCUUAAAUUUGUCUAAAAAUGGAUGUAUCUAUCAUUAAAAAUGUCUGGAUAUAUUUUGACAAGAAUUAUGGAACGGAGGGAGUACUGUUUAGACCGGUCAGUUAAGCAAACAUUCCACUUGUAUUGAUUCCAUCAUCAUGCAAAACAUAACAAUGGUUGAAAACAGAUA